ACCAGGACCCUCUAAGUAUGGCUAUUCGUGAGGAGGUGAUCGGUAAGAUCAUAGCCGUGUUUAAGCGCCAUGGAGCGGAGGCUAUAGACACACCCGUUUUCGAGCUUCGUGACACUCUGAUGGGCAAGUACGGUGAGGAUACAAAGCUCAUCUACGAUUUAAAGGACCAGGGUGGCGAGAUUUGCUCGCUGCGAUACGAUCUGACGGUCCCCUUUGCGCGUUACCUGGCAAUGAACAAGACCAAACAAAUGAAACGAUACCACAUUGCCAAGGUGUACCGGCGCGACACACCCGCCAUGUCAAAGGGACGCUACCGUGAGUUCUAUCAGUGUGAUUUCGAUGUUGCUGGUGAGUACGAGAGCAUGAUGCCUGACGCCGAGUGCAUGCGCAUUGCCUGUGAGAUCCUUUCAUCGCUGGACAUCGGUGAGUUCGUGAUCAAAGUCAACAACAGGAAGAUUCUGGACGGUCUAUUUGAGACGUGUGGAGUACCAGAGGCCGAUUUCAGGCCGAUUUGCUCAGCUGUGGAUAAGCUAGACAAAAUGUCCUGGGCGGAUGUGAAGAAAGAAAUGGUAGAAGAGAAGGGUCUACCCGAAGAGAAUGCUGAUUUGAUCGAGCCAUUUGUCAAGAUGAAGGGACGCGGACAGGAAAACUUUGCGCUCAUCAAAGCACUACGCGAGACGUCCUUGAAAGACAACGCUCGGGCCAUGGAAGGAUUAAAAGAUAUGGAAACAUUCUGUGAAUACCUGGAGCUCUACGGCGUGCUCGACCACAUCCAAUUAGACAUGUCUCUGGCCCGUGGACUGGAUUACUACACAGGUGUCAUCUACGAGGCGGUGGUAGUGGAAGGACAAGUAGGUUCGAUCGCCGGGGGAGGUCGCUACGAUGGUCUUGUGGGUAUGUUUGACCCGAAGGGCAAGCAAGUCCCGUGUGUGGGCAUUAGUAUUGGAGUGGAGCGUAUAUUUGCGGUUCUGGCCGAGAAGGCGAAGAACAACCCCAACAAGCAGCGCACCACUGAGACUCAGGUCUUGGUAGUAAGUGGCCAGAAAGACUUCUUAAAGCCACGUAUGAAACUUCUCGCCGAGUUGUGGGACGCCGGUGUCAAGUCAGAAACCAUCUACAAGGCAAACCCGAAAAUGUUGAACCAGUUCCAAAAAUGUGAAGUGGAGAGUAUCCCCUACGCCGCUAUCAUCGGCGGAGAUGAGCUGGAAGCCGGCAUAGUAACCCUUCGAGACAUGGCCACGCGCGAGGAGUUCAAGAUCGCUCGUGCAGACAUCGGUGCGGAGGUUCUUAAGAGGCUGCAAUGAUUGUCGGUGUAUUGCGCCCGAGCUAGUCUAUGGACCAGAUUGGUACAACACUUGAUGUGUGACGCCGAUAGGGAGAAGUCGCUUAAGCAUGUAGAUAAACUUCAUGAAUGCUGUAACAUUGCAAUGAAACCGUACACAUACUUAGCCGCAUACACGAGCGCGUUGUCUGUGCAGUUGAAACAUUCGUGUCUCCUGAAUCGGACGGUUACUCUAUACACGCACGGACUAUCAUUCGACAUGUGAAGCAAUCGAUGGCCUCCUAUAACUCAGAACACACAUUUAUAUCUGCGACUUUCAGCUAGCUUCGCACGGUUUAGGGUAGUUGGGACUUAUAGCACACGUAGGUCUG